CUUCCUUUUUUUUCCUUUCCCCUCUUUUUGUCACGCGCAAAGCUGAAAUCGACGGAGAUCGAUCGAUCUUUUGGGGUUAUUCUCUUUCCAAUUGAUUCGUUCUCUAUCUUUGUGUUGGUUCGGGCGAUCGAGCGCCGGAGGAGGGGAGAAUGGAGGGUUUCUACGCCGAUUUUAUGGAGUUGAUGAGUAAGCCGGCGGUGGUGGAAACCCUGAUCGACGUUCUGCUCUGUGCCGUGCCGAUCUGGGUGGCGGUGAUGAUCGGGCUGGUGAUCGGAUGGUCGUGGCGGCCGCGUUGGACGGGGUUGCUUUUCCUGGGCCUCCGGAGCAGGUUCCGGUUCAUCUGGACGGCGCCGCCGGGGCUCGGAGCACGCCGGCUUUGGCUAGCGUUCACGGCCCUCUCUGCCUUCUCGGUGUGCCGGAGGCUGUGGUCGAGCUUCAAGGGGAAACGCGAAGGACCAUCGAUCGCGGAGGAGACGGGGUCGAGGGCGGCGGCUUUGACGAGCUCCACGUUGGUCGAAGGAGGUGGUGACAUUUUAAGCAAUGGAGUGGUUGUGGCUGAGCAUGACAUCAUUUCUGAGAAGGAUUUAGAACAUCUAUUGCACCUUCUAGAUGAUAAAGUUGGAGAUGCAGCUUGGCAAAAUCAGAUGGAGCGCACCACACCCAAUAUGAUUUACCAUGCAUGGCGUCAUGAGCCUGAGGUUGGACCCAUCAUUUAUCGCAGCAGAACUGUUUUCGAGGAUGCAACUCCUGAAUUGGUUCGAGACUUCUUUUGGGAUGAUGAUUUUCGGCUUAAAUGGGAUUCCAUGCUUGCAUACUACGAAAUAUUGGAAGAAAUUCCUGAGAGUGGAACCAUGAUUAAUCACUGGAUAAAAAAGUUCCCGUUCUUCUGCAGUGAUCGAGAAUAUAUAAUUGGUCGACGUAUAUGGGAGUCUGGGGGUACUUAUUACUGUGUGACAAAGGGAGUACCAUACCAAUCUUUACCCAAGAAUGAAAAACCCAGGCGUGUUGAACUGUAUUUCUCAAGUUGGCGCAUCCGGGCUGUGGAGUCGCGCAAGCAAGAUGGGCAGCUAUCUUCAUGUGAGGUAACUCUCGUUCACUACGAGGACAUGGGCAUUCCCAAGGACGUAGCCAAGGUUGGUGUUCGUCAUGGGAUGUGGGGAGCGGUUAAGAGACUGCAAUCCGGUAUGAGAGCAUAUCAAAUGAUGAGGAAAACAGAGGCUUCUCUCUCCAGAUGUGCGCUCAUGGCACGGAUCACCACUAAGAUCCCGAUUGAUGGCUCCAUCACUCCACUUGAGGCAGAGACAUCCAGGGCUUCUGAAGCAGCUAGUGGCAUUGUUAACAGUACGCAGCUUCACGGACUUGACUGGAAAUGGGUCGUUGUUGGCGGAGUCGCUGUGGUCUGUGGUCUUCAGGCUGGUCUUGUCGGGAAGGCCCUAUUAGUCGGAGCUGCAAGGAGGCUCGCGAAGAAAUGAGAGUCAUCUGGAUCUCCCUUUUGAAUGCCAUGAUGUUUCUUAUGAUGAGGGCUUGGAUGCUCAUAUAAUUCGUCGAUAAUGAUUAUCCUCUGCAAACGCUUAUAGAUCGUAGCAUUGGUGCGGUAUAUACACUAUUGGCACUGUAUGAUCAAGAGUGUUUUAUUCCUGGUAUCAUAUCCCAGAACAUGAGAUGUGGGUAUGGAGUUUGGACCAUUAUGACUUGUAGAGGAACAUUCUUUUUUGUUACGAGUAGAGAUUACAGAUGUGUUAUGGGAUAUCUGUAACUUUUGUGUCA